AUGGAGUGCAAAAGAAUUGCGCCUCCAUGGAGCACAAAAGAAUUGCGCCUCUUGUGGAUAGUGUUCACAAGUUCAGUUCAGUCCGGUUUUUUGCCCCCAAAACGCGCAACCGUGGACCGCAACCGGUCUAGGACCAAUCCAGAUAUUCAGGGAACCGAACCGAACCACCUAGGACCGGUCUUUUGCGGUCUAUGGAGCCGGUUCAGACCGAUCCAGACCGGUUUUUUUGCGUAUAAUUUAUUAUACCAAUAUAAACCAUUUAUAUCUCAACUAUUAUUACUCUGA